CUUAUGUUAUAUUUGCAAAGAAGGUCGUAAUAUUACGCACCUGUAGGCCAGUCAUCUCAUAGAACCAGAUCACAAUGAUGUCGAUGUGUUGUCUUUUUCUUUUCUCGCUUUUCCUUGGACAAAGUCUCUCAACUCAAUACAAUACGGACCACCUACGAAGUCUAUUGAGUUAUGAUUGUUCCUCCGAUGGAAGUAUAGAUGUCAGAGGAGUUCCGGAUGGUUAUACGGUUACCGUUAUCAGUACAAGCUGUUCCGUGUAUCUGACGUCUCCGGGGGAAUAUAAUAUUCCUUCUAUGUGCAAGACUUACGACUACUGGGGAUACAACCACGGAUAUCCUUCUGAACUAACUUCGUCAUACCCAUGGUACCACGGCUCUACCCCUAGUUAUUGGUACCAGUCCACUACCUCUGACUAUUUCGGUGAGGUUGACAUUGCUGUUUCUCAUGGCACCCACGGUGGGAUUGUGGGUGGAAAGGACCACCACGAGUUCCGUUUGAUCUGCGAUGGUAUACACACCAACGGAAAAUUGUACAGAGUAUCUGAUGGGAUACGUGAAGUGUCGAACCCAAGUGCCGUGCCGCCAACACUUUCAUACAGACAGUUGAGAGCUGGUUACUACAAUUACCCAAGUCUACGUUUAACUAACAGUGGAGGAUCUGACAUUUACUACACACAUACCGGACAAAUGAUUUAUCUUCUCCUCUCCUCCAAUGAUCCUCGCUAUAUCAUUCGUCCAGAAAACUGUUCUGCACAGGAUGGUUAUAACUACUGGAAUUCUAAUCGAAGAAUUGAACUUUUCAAUGUCCAUCAUUCUGGAUGUCUCUUGGAGCCGUAUCUAAUGGAGAUGUUCACCACUGUGGGUCACGGACAGAGUAGUGUUAGGGCACCUGUCUAUUCCUUCCACUUCGCAGGUGGCAGUGAUUACGUAUCUUUCAUCUGCAACGUAAGAAUAUGCAGCAAGACGUCAUACAAUUGUGAUCUGAAUACCUGUAAGUCAAAGAGAUCCCAGCGUGAAUCAGGCGAUGAGGGGGCACCUGCACACGAGCUCUCUGUUACUAUUCAAGUUGGCCCUGCAUCAGGGGGAAGAAAAUGGUUGUUAACGCCAGUUCUUUUACUGCUUCUUCCGUGUAUCAGUUUUGUAUUGAAAUUAUGAUUAUAGGUCAUAAAUAGUGUAUUACGUGACGUAUGAAACUCUUUCAAAGACCUUGCAAAUUAAUCUGCAAAAG